AUGGCUCCUGCAAGCAGAAGCUACCAUGUACAUGGCCUCAAAGUUGCAAUAAUCACUGUGGCUUCCAUCUUUUUGCUUACAAUUCUGCUUCCCAAAUCAGUGGAUUCUCUGCAUUCAAGCAACAACAGUGAGAGUGAUGAUGAUGAAUUCAGGCAAAGCAAAAUGGUUUUGGGUUCAAGGCCUCCUGGAUGUCAAAACAAGUGCUUGAAUUGCAGGCCUUGCAUUGCUACUCUGGUCAUCCCAGUUCACAAAACAAAGCGCUUCAGCUUGUCAUCUCAUGGAGAAGAAGAUGACAGCUAUUAUUUGCUCUCAUGGAAAUGCAGAUGUGGAAAUAAGCUAUUUCAACCUUGA